AUGGAUGAGGAGGAUGCGUGUGGCUCGAAAAAACCACGCACUUCAGAGGUUAGCGAUGGCAUCAUAUCAGUGGACGACGUCGCUUCUGAGGUUUGUUUGCUUUUAUCGAGCUCUGUGAUUGUUCAGAAGAGUGUGCGAAAUUUGACGAAAAGAGAGCCGUUCGGUGCGAAUCACUCGUUCGCACGACAAGGUGGCAAAUAUCAUCUCCUGAUUGGCAUCAGUGGUUCGGUUGCCUCGAUUAAACUUCCCGAACUGAUCGCUGAACUUCGUAAGCGUUGCCCUCCUGAUCGUUUGGUGAUUCGGUUGAUGAGUACCGAAUCAGCGAAAUAUUUCAUCAGUGAAGAGGAUGUCGGCCAGCCAAUAUAUGAUGAUGCGGAUGAAUGGAAUAUGUGGAAGAAACGCGGUGAUCCAAUCCUUCAUAUCGAGCUACGCAAAUGGGCAGACGCCUUGCUGAUAGCACCAUUGGAUGCGAAUACACUAGCAAAAAUAGCGAAUGGCUUAUGUGACAAUCUGUUGACGUGUGUGGUGCGCGCUUGGGACAUGAGGAAAACACUCUUCUUUGCACCCGCAAUGAAUACGGCCAUGUGGGAGAGUCCGAUCACCUAUGAACAACGAAAAACUUUGAAGGAAUUUCUGAGAUUCAAGGAGAUUCCGGUUUUGGAAAAAGAGCUGAUGUGUGGUGAGCGCGGUUAUGGUGCGAUGGCCACCGUGCAAAUGAUUUCGACGAUGGUAGCGAGCGAUGUGAAGAGUCGAUUCGCCGUUUAUUCGGACUCCAAUCCGACUUCAGUGCAAUCCUAA